GCGAGAGAUAUGAUUGGCUGGCUUUGGAACUCGGAUAAAGCGGAAAUGCACGCGCUAAAAAAAUAGCACACUCAUUUCUACAGAGUAAAGUACAUAGAAGGCUUGAUUAAUCCAGGAGAAAGACUUGGCACUUCAACCUCAGGCAACAGGACUAGAGCAUUACAGUACCAUGUCUUACCUUCCAGCCCUCUUCAAAUAUGUGGACGAGCACCAGGACGAAUACGUUAAGCACCUGGCUGAUUGGGUUGCUGUGCAGAGUGUCUCAGCCUGGCCUGAGAAGCGUGGAGAGAUCAAGAAAAUGAUGGAGAUGGCAGCCAAAGACAUAGAGAGGCUGGGAGGCACGACGGAGUUGGUUGACGUUGGAAAACAGAAGCUGCCAAGUGGUGAAGAGAUUCCUCUUCCUCCUAUAAUUCUGGGCAGGCUAGGCUCAGACCCUGGCAAGAAGACAGUGUGCAUCUAUGGACACUUGGAUGUCCAGCCUGCGCAUCUUGAGGAUGGAUGGGACUCUGAGCCCUUCACUUUGGUGGAGAGAGACGGUAAACUUUAUGGCCGUGGAUCUACAGAUGACAAGGGCCCUGUGCUCGGCUGGUUCAACGUCAUUGAAGCGUUUCAGAAGAUAGGACAGGAGCUGCCCAUCAACAUCAAGUUCUGCUUCGAGGGGAUGGAAGAGUCUGGCUCUGAGGGUUUGGAUGAUUUGGUGUUCUCACGCAAAGACUCAUUCUUUAAGGAUGUGGACUAUGUUUGCAUUUCUGACAACUAUUGGCUGGGCAAGACCAAGCCCUGCAUUACAUACGGCCUGAGAGGAAUCUGCUACUUCUUUUUAGAGGUGGAAUGCUGCGAUAAGGAUCUGCAUUCUGGUGUGUUUGGAGGCUCCGUCCAUGAAGCCAUGACUGAUCUGAUUGCUCUCAUGGGCACUUUGGUGGAUAAGAAAGGGAAGAUCCUCGUGCCGGGGAUGUAUGACAGUGUUGCUGAGCUCACAGAAGACGAGAAAAAGCUUUAUGAGAAGAUCGAGUUUGACCUGGAAGAUUACACCAAAGAUGUGGGAGCACAACGUCUGCUGCACAGCACUAAGGAGCAAGUGUUGAUGCACCGCUGGAGGUACCCGUCUCUUUCACUCCAUGGCAUCGAGGGCGCUUUCUCUGCAGCUGGAGCUAAGACAGUCAUUCCACGCAAAGUCAUUGGCAAGUUCUCCAUCCGCCUGGUACCUGACAUGGACCCCAAAGUGGUGGAGGAACAGGUUGCCUCCCACAUCAAUAAGAAGUUUGCGGAGCUGGAGAGCCCCAACAAAAUAAAGGUGUACAUGGGCCAUGGAGCCAAGGCCUGGGUGUCUGAUUUUAACCAUCCUCACUACAUGGCUGGUAGAAGAGCCAUGAAGACGGUGUUCGGCGUUGAACCCGAUCUGACCCGUGAGGGAGGAAGUAUCCCCGUGACUCUGACCUUCCAGGAAGCUACAGGACGCAAUGUCAUGCUGCUUCCUGUCGGCUCCUCAGACGAUGGAGCUCAUUCCCAAAACGAGAAACUGAACAGGUCCAACUACAUCCAAGGUACUAAAAUGUUGGGUGCUUAUUUCCAUGAAGUAUCUCAGCUCAGUUAACAGGAUUCAUGUGCAUCAUCAUAACCUGGCUUGAUGGCUUGAUAAGGGAAUGAAAAUUGUGCAUCUUAUUUCAUUGAAAAUAUUUUGUAAUUGAAUAUCGUGUUUAAUACCAACAUCCCAGUGCCCCAGAAGUGUAUCAAAAACAAGUAACUGGAAGCAGCUUUUAUUUUCAGUGAUGAACACAAAUAGCAGUCUACAAUAUUAUCCCUGGAGAAUUUGAUUGUAUGCAUUCAUCUCAGGAGGAGUCAGUGGUUUAGGUUGUAUCAUGUGAUCAAAUGACGGAUCAAGCUGCAGCUUCAGUUAAAUAACACCUGACAUUAGACACAUGGGCUCACAUGUAGCAAGUACACAUGGUUCUUAUGUAAUCAGUAAACCAACGUGUUAUUUCUCUGGAGGUGUAAAAAUGGUUGGUUCUGGCAAACGGUCUCAUCAGAAUCCUCUUUGAUCAGAAAAGGGAAAUAUAACUAAUGACAUUUUUCUUUAAAUCUUGAUGGAUUGUAGAAUGUCACAUCCUUCAAACAAUAAAAAAAAAUACCUUCAACAGUAAAAGCUA